GCGAUCGUCAAGUCUAUUACUGGGAUGUUGCUACUGGAAAAACGAUCAGACGUUUUGAGGGCCACAAUCAACGCGUGAACACCGUUGAUUUUAAUGCGGAGGGGACAGUAAUUGCCAGUGGUACUUAUCUUGGGAAUAAUGGUUCAUAUGACACAACUAUACGAUUGUGGGAUUGUAGGUCACAAAGUCGUAUGCCAAUCCAGAUUUUAGAAGAAGCAAAAGAUAGUAUUACAUCUUUACAGGUUUCUCAAUAUGAAAUUGUAUCUGGAUGUACUGAUGGAAAUAUACGAACGCAUGACAUUCGAAUGGGUACUCUUUUGACUGACUUAAUUUCGCAUCCGGUGACUUCAGUAUCUGUGUCUAAUGACUUUAAUUGCAUACUUGCAAGUAGUUUGGACAAUGUUAUUAGAUUAAUGGACAGAGAGAAUGGUGGAAUGUUGAACUCGGAUGAUGCGUAUGUUAUCAGUGGAUCAGAAAAUGGUGCUAUAUACAUUUGGGAUUUACUGGAGGGAAAGGUAUUGACUACAAUAAGUAAUGCCCAUUCAGGAGUUGUUACAUGCGUGAAGUAUCAUCCUCGCAUAGAUGCAAUGGUAUCCACUGGCAUUGAUGGGUCAAUAAAACUGUGGAAGCCAGCGAAUGAAGUAUCGCAGUAG